AUAACUUCCGUAUUAUCUGUCUCUAGAGUGCUCCAUGUGCUCGACGACGGAACGAGUUGCGCGUGUUCUUCAACUGCUUUAACCUGAACUAAAAGUCUGCGCGAUAUCAUGUGUAUUGUACGGACAGUAAUCGAUUAAGUUCUAUAUUUGCGAAGAGUUCUCAAAUAAUACCAAUAAUAUCAAUAAUGGAUGAUACGGUGACGCACAAGAGUCACAGGGAGCGCAAUGCUGGGCGCAAGGCUGAAAAGAAAAAAGCAAAACAGGAUUGUGUUGAAAACUUGAGGGAAAAGCAGAAAAAUCCGAAAGCAUUCGCGUUCAACUCUGCGAUCAAAGCGGAAAGAAGAUUUAGGCGCAAGCAAGAUAUCGAGACCAAGAAGCUUCAUGUACCGUUGGUUGACAGAACACCUUUGGAACCACCACCAAUUUUGGUGGCCGUGGUAGGUCCACCAAAGGUAGGAAAGUCACUGGUUAUUCAGUGUUUAAUCAAGAGCUGUGUCAAACAACCCCUGACUAACGUUCUUGGUCCAGUGACCGUCGUGUCCGGCAAGAAGCAUAGGAUCACUUUUAUGGAAUGCAACAAUGACGUGAACAGCAUGAUAGAUAUCGCUAAGGUAGCAGAUUUAGUGCUGCUGUUAGUAGAUGCUUCCUUCGGAUUCGAAAUGGAGAUCUUUGAGUUCCUUAAUAUAUGUCAGGUGCAUGGGAUGCCUAAAAUUAUGGGGGUGCUUACACAUUUAGACUUGAUAAAAAAUGCCAAACGACUAAAAAAGACUAAGAAGAUGCUGAAACAUCGGUUUUGGACAGAAGUGUACGCUGGUGCAAAGUUAUUCUAUCUAUCCGGAAUACUGCACGAGGAAUAUCUUCGCACGGAGAUCAAAAAUUUAGCGCGAUUCAUUUCAGUUAUGAAAUUUCGACCAUUGACCUGGCGUACUACCCAUCCUUACAUACUUGCUGACAGAAUAGAGGAUUUGACGCCUCCUGAAUUGAUCAGACAGAAUUCGAAAAUCGACAGAACCAUCAGCGUAUAUGGAUAUGUCCGAGGAAUACCGUUAAACAAGGAAAUGUCCAUUCACAUACCUGGUUGCGGUGAUACGAGGAUCAAAGACGUGACUGCUCUGCCAGAUCCUUGCCCUCUUCCAGAACAACUAAAGAAGCGAGCGCUGCUGGAAAAGGAACGAUUGAUCUACGCACCAUUUUCUGGUGUCGGCGGCAUAGUCUACGACAAAGAUGCUGUUUACGUGGAGCUUGGUGGUAGCCAUUCCCAUAAAGAAGAAGAUACGGGACUGACUAGCGCGUUAAUGGGCACGCAGGAAACACUGGAUCAGAAAUUACAGCACAGUGAACUGCAGUUGUUCAGCAAUACCGCGCCAAUAAAAUCGCAGGACGUGAACGAAAGUGUAGUUGCUUAUACGAGUGAAUUAAUUACAGAAAAUGGAAGAGUUCGACGGAAAGUUAUAUUUAAAGACGAAGAAACGUCUGAAAGUGUUUCCAAUAAAAACGAUCGAGUAAAAAAUGAAGAGAAAAUGCAUGAUGAUCAAGAUGACGAUCAAAAUGAAUCGAGUGAAGUCGAUGAAGAGGCUUCAAAAGAAUUUACUAAAAAGAGUAAUAAAAGAAAAUAUACUAUGCGGGAGGAAAAUAAUAUGCGGGAGGAAAAGAAGAAGAAGGUCUCCGAAGAAAGCGCAAGGGUAUAUUAUUCUCUGAGUAAAGAAUCAGAUAAAUUAAUAAAAAAUAAGAUUUCGGAAGCACUGAGUGUUUUAGAGAUGACUGGUAAGAAUGAGAAUAGUAACGAUGAGAGUUUUGAUGAACUUAGCGACGAAGACUCACGUGCGGGAUUAGAAAUGGAUGAUGCGGAUCAAGUUGAGAACGAUACAUCUGAAGAUGAAGAAAGAGAAAACGCCGACAUGAUCGAAACAAAGGAAGCAUGGAACGUGGAAGAAGAUAACUUGAAAUGGAAGAGAAACUUAGCUGAAAAGGCCAAGGAAAUAUUUGUCAAUCGUCAGCUGAGCUCUAAGAAAAACCUAAUGAAGGUAAUUUACGGCGCAUUUAAUAAGAACGGGAGAGAAGAGAAAAAGGAGAGGAAUGAGGAAGACGAGGAAGAGGAGAAGUCCGGCAACGACAUAGGUGGAAUAUUUCGAAUAGUUCAAGAACGACAAAAGCAGAAAAUAUUCGAGCGAGAACUGCAGAAUGAGGAAGAAUCCGUUUUCUUCACUUCUGCGGCGGAGAGCCCGCGCGAUUGGUUGGAAGAAAAGAACCAAACACUGUUGAUUAACUGUUUUGUCACCGGCAAAUGGAAAGAGUCGGAAGACGCGAACGAACUUCUCAAUUUCGAUAACGAGGAGUUGUACGGGGAUUUUGAAGAUUUGGAAACCGGGGAAAAGCACAAGGUGGAAGAUGGGAUUUCCGAGCGGUUGCCAACGGAUGAGACGGAGGAAAAGAAGAAACUUCUGGAAAAGAAGAACCAACUGAAAAAGCGAUUCGAUGCGGAGUAUGAUAACUCCGAGAAGAAGACUACGUACUACGAUGAGCUGAAAGCUCAGGUAGAGAAACAGUCGAGCAUCAACAAAUCCGAGUUUGAGGGAUUGGAGGAGGAUGUGAGGAUUCAAUUGGAGGGGUAUCGUCCAGGUAUGUACGUACGCGUGGAGAUUGAGACAGUACCGUGCGAAUUAAUAACCGAGCUGGACCCAACGUAUCCGCUCAUUAUUGGCGGCUUACUGCACGGUGAAGAGAAUAUCGGUUACGUACACGUGCGCGUCAAGAAGCAUCGAUGGCACGGGAGGGUGCUAAAAACGCGCGAUCCACUCGUAAUAUCCAUAGGCUGGCGACGAUUCCAGACUUUGCCAAUUUAUUCGAAACUGGAAGACAAUUUGCGCAACAGGAUGUUAAAGUACACACCGGAGCAUGUAGCGUGUAUGGGUCACUUCUGGGGCCCGAUCACGCCUCAAGGUACGGGCGUUUUAGCGAUAAUGGAUGUUGCGAACAGGGAACUGGGUUUCCGCAUCGCAGCUACCGGCUCGGUCAUAGAGAUGGACAAGACCACGCAGAUAGUGAAGAAGCUCAAGCUCACUGGCGUACCUAUGAAGAUUUAUCGCAAGACUGCGUUUAUCAAGGAUAUGUUUAACAGUGCGCUCGAAGUUGCCAAAUUCGAAGGCGCUCGCAUCAAAACGGUCUCCGGUGUCCGUGGACAGAUUAAGAAAGCGGUUGCCAGGCCGGAAGGCUGCUUCCGCGCCACGUUCGAGGACAAGAUAAUGUUGAGCGAUAUAGUGUUCUGCAGGACAUGGUACAAGAUUAACGUACCGCGCUUCUAUAAUCCGAUUACGUCGCUGCUAUUGCCGAAAAAGGAGAAAAAUCAAUGGCGCGGCAUGAAGACGGUCGGCCAGCUGAAACGUGAAAGAAACAUUCGGACGGAGGUCGAUACGGACCGCGUGUAUACACCGAUCGUACGGGAUGUUAAGGUAUUCAAACCGCUGUUUAUCCCACGCAAGUUACAGAAGGAACUUCCGUACGGAGACAAGCCCAAGCUCAAGCCUCUGCCACAUAUGCGCAAAUCCAAGCCAACGCAAGGCAGAGUUGCUGUCAUCCGUGAGCCUCGAGAACGGAACGUUGCGCGUUUGAUGAAGAUGAUAAGAACAAAUUAUGCACGUAAACGAGAGCAAGCGAAGGCGGCCACGACGAAAAGGAUAACUGCGUAUCAGGCGCUAAUUGCACAGGAGGAAGCCAAAAAGCUGAAAAAACAGAAGCGGGUGAAAACAGAAAUAUUCAGCGAUCUCAGCAAAAAAGAGAAAAGGAAAGAACGAUAGUAGAGGUAGUCAAAAAUACGUAUCAACUAUUUUCUAAUCUGUAAAAAGAAUUUUAUAUCCUAUGUUUUAUAGUUAUCGACUCUCCGGUAACGCAAAACUUUCUAUUCCAUCCAUCGGAAGGAGAAUUAACACGAAUUUUGUCCAAAAAAUCGGCACCAACUUUUCGCUCAAACUAAUACCGUCUCGUUGAUAUAUCGUAUUGAUCGGUUGCCUGAUUGAUAUUUCUUACACAGCAUUAUGUUAUUAAACGUUUAUUAAUAAUACGUUAAUAAACACAAUAUAUUGAUUCUCAUUUGC